AUGGCGUCAAGGCCGACAAGGAGUCUGGCAAGUUCACCGACCCGGAGUCCACCGACAACCCCGUCAUGCUCGCCAUCAUCCGCACAAGUACCGCAAGAUGGAGGAGAGGCUCGCCAGCGUCUUCGAGGAGACCACCACUGGCGUCAAGCAGAUGCAGGAGUCCGGCACUCUCCUGUUCCACGCCAUCAACAUCACCAAGAGCAAGGUUGCUUUGAUCUGUACAAGCUGCUGCUGCUGCUGCUGCAGGUGGACAAGGAAGCCCUAAUGGCUGCUGCUGCACUACAGUCUGCUUUUCAUUUUUUGAACAAGAUUGCUACUGUUAUGUGUGUGAUGCUCCAGCUCCAUGCAAGCACUGGGGCAAAGGGCUCUGUCAAGCAGGUCUCCUGGUAA